AUGAGGCUACAGAGAAAUCACUAAGGAGCUAUAAACAUGUUAAAAACAAAAAUAGAAUCUUAUGAGCACCGCCACAAAUAACACAUACUUUGCUAAUUAUUCCCAGACACUCCAAUAAAAUGGAUAAAACCCCACUUAGAUAAAGUAAUUUUCACAUCUUAUCAUUUGAAUUAAACUCUAUUUUGUAAGAAUCAAAAACCCACUCAUGUUUAUUUUAUUAUAGAAGGUGAAGUAAGAUUGGAAGAAACAUAAAUCGAAAGGAGAAAACCUUAAAAUGCCAUGUUUGCUUCUACUUGCAUGGCAAAGAGUAGAACUUUGCUUAUCAUAUCAGCCGGCUCUUUAGUAGGGGAAAUUGAAGCAUUGCACGAAAAACCUUAUUAAACAACAGCUAAAAGCAAUGUUCAUUACAGUAAAAUACUUUUAAUUCCAGAGGAAAUCUAUAUAGAUUUAAAAAAACAAGAUGAAUCUUAUUAAAGCACUGAAACACAGCAUUUAAAGGAUUAACUCAUUUUGAAGAAGAUAAACUAGCUAAAGAGUCGAUUAGAAUUGUAAGAGGUGUCUCCAGAAAGAGAUUCAUCCCCUUAGACGAAGAUUAGCAGAGAAGAUUUCAUUGUCUAACAAAACAAAAGAAUAUAGAAAAAAAAAAAUUUUGAAUUCAUAAAUCUAACACCUGAAGCUCCUUUGUUUUCUGUUAAAAAACUGAAACGAGUAGCUGCUCCUGAUGAUAAGCCAGAGAAUAGAGCAAGAUCGAUAUCAGCUCCUACUAAAGCGAAAAUGCUUACUACCAUGAAAAGCAUAGAAAAAAUAUCAAAACCUGAAGAGAUUACUCGAUCUCGAGCCAAUACAAUAAAUUUUGGAGAAAAAUGUAGACCUGCUUCUCGAAUCUUUUGGCAAUAAAUAUUUUAGAAACUUUGA